AUGUGGUGCAUUUUGCGUUUCGUGUUGUCCCACAUACUGCGCGAGGAACCACUCGCUUCUUCAUUUGUUGCGCUUCCUUCGGCAGCGCGACUGUGGGUGUAUGGUUGCGGUGCCAGCGCAGACCGUGAUGUUUGCCGAGAGAUGACACCACACGAGGUUUGGUGGCUUUUUCAUGGACGUAUGAUUCAAUAUGGCAGGUCAUGA